CCACAACAAGUCCACAAGCUUCAGAAGUCCCACAGUUUUUUGUUCAGUCUUUCUUAUAUUCUGCGAUGCGUGUAGGUAAUCCCUUGUUCCCGUGCUUUCCAUCGUCCCUUCCUCGAGCCACCUCUGGAGGUGUUCUCGUCUGUACUUGACAUUAUUAUUCUCUACUAUCUCAUAUCCUGCAUUAUUUCAUCGAACGGACGGACGUCUACGACCACAAUCAUUGUAUAGAUCUAUCAUGGAAUCUUUCCCUGCAUUUUUCAAGGUUCGAGCUGUGACUUUCAGCUGCAUCAUUCUUAUUAGCUUUCUGUGGACUGUACUUCUUUCAGUUCAAGUUUACGCACGCUGGGGCAUAUCUGACCGUUGCAGUCGCUCCUUAACCGCUGUCUUCCUCUUGACCAAUGCAACAACGAUCCUAAUUUUACCUUUCCUAUUAAUACUUGAGUUCCGAGUGUGGUUGGAUGCCGCUCGAAUAUCAUUACUUGCAAUAGGACAAAUAGGAUCUGCUGUCGCUUUCACUUACUGGAAUCCUCAAAUACAAUGUCCAGAUCAAACAGCCGACCAGCAGGGUGUCUGCAAGUUGAUCAACUUCUACAUGCUUAUGGGCUGUUGGGUAGUUCCUGUCAUACUUAUUCUAUAUGCCAGCUACUUUGCUGCCAUGGUUUACCGCCAGUCGAGGAUACCCGUGGUGGUUGAGUCGCGCGAAAAAGCAUUUACGGGUACGGGGUCACCUCUGGUAGACCCAGAAAUGGCGAUCGCUUCGCCCCAUCUUCCUGUUCUCGACAUUCGGGCUUCAAUGUCACCACUUCGCACUUUGUCAUGUGACUCUUUGAUGUUCUCACGUCCGGACGCAAAUAUUGCAUCUCCACUCACGAUCACUGCCAUGCCACGUCGUGCCUCUCGUGAUCCGUAUUCGGUUGUCUUGCAACCAGGAGCACUCGAUAAACGGAAUUCGCAGUCUCCUCAGCGACACGUGUCUCUCGCGCCGUCAUUCGCUUACUCUAUACAGAAUGAAAGUAAUGCUCGCAAGUCAGGGCGAUUGUCAAAACCCCUACCACCCUGGUGUAUGUAACUACUUAGAUUCAACGUACUAGUAAUCAAUCAGUAUGUAAUACGGCCUAUCGGCCUAGAUCUAUUUAAAGUUCCAACUGUACUGGCAGUCUAAGUGCGAUUGACUAAAUAUUGUCA